AUGCAGCCGCCUGCGUCACGAGCCAAGAGAGAGACGCGUAGGUCCACUCCUACGAAGACUGCUGUCGCCAAGAGCAGCAGCAGCGGCUCUGCUGGUGUCAGACGGCGCAUAGGUAGUAGCAGCGGCAGCGGUGGUGGAGAGCAGCUUGCUACUGCUGGUGGCGCUGGUGGAGAUGCUACUGUGGCCCCUCCUAUCCUUGCUUCGGAUGAGACGAGAGCCGUGCUGUCUGGGUGCCUGUUCCGGUGCUCUCCCGUGUUCAGCCCCUCGUCGGACACCGUGUUUUGCGCGUGCAGCUCUAGCGUGCUAGGCGUCAGCGUUGAGACGGGCGAGCAGACAAUCAUCAGCAACAUUCUGAACGCCCAAAGUUCGUGCGUGCACCGCCUGUCUCCUUCACCUGCGAACAACUUCCCCCCUCGCGACAACACCGGAAACAAUGGCAGCGCCAUGGACGUUAUCGUAGUCACGAAGGAGGGCACCGCUUCCCUUCACGGGUACGGGGAGGAAGGGGGAGAAGAAGGGGGCCACGCUGACGGGAAGAAGGCGAAGAGGGGGGGAACUCCGUCCGCCCCUGCCUCGAACGGUCUCCAAGACAUGGACGACGACGACGGCGAUGACGAUGACUUGACUUCGGAAGAGGACGAUUCUUCUGAUGACGGCGACAACGGUGAAGAUGAUGAUGAUGACGUUGAUAUCGAGGAGGGGAGGGGGGGCACAACUCCUUCUCGCCGCCGUGGUGGCGGCCAGGUCAAGGAGGCAGGCGGUGCGUCGGGGGAGCCCAACAAGGGGGCGAUGCGGAAUGCACGUGGGAGUAAGGGCGCCCUCAGUCGCCGCAGGAAGAGGAGCGACGGUGCUAAGGCUGAUCAGCGCCUCUUCGACUGGCAGGCGGUGCGGUACGGCCUCGCCAAGGGGAUCUCCGAAGCCGUCAUCCUCGUCUCCAGGCAGCAGUACCGCUGGAUCGGCGCCACGGCGCCCCGCUCCCCCGUUCCCCCCGCCGCCGAGGGGGGGGGCGACGCAAAGAGGCGAGGGUGGGGGACAACAACUUGUCCGGUGCUGUUGUGGAAGGACGGGAGGGAUGUCAUGGCCGUCGAUGUCGGGACCGGCGACAAGGCGGUGUUGGUGACGGCGGUGGCCCCGGUGCGGAGCUUGGUCGUGGGGGGCGACGGGGAAUCGCUGAUCACGGCACACCUGGACGGGAGCAUGAGCCAGUGGCACGAGCUGACAGACAGGCUUCGGGCCGCCUUCAAGGUUUUGGGCUCACGGGAGGUGUUAUCGGAGGCGGGGCCUCCGUCGACCGACAUGCACUGGCACGCGCACCCCGUGCGGUGCAUGGCCGUCGCCCCGGACGGGGUCCAGCUGUUCUCUGGAGGAGAGGAAGCGGUGCUGGUACAGUGGAACCUCAGCAAGGGGACGAAGGCCUUCCUCCCCCGUCUUGGCGCCCCUCUCCAGGGGCUGGCUGUCUCGCCCGGGCAGGAGUACGCCGCGGCGACUACAAUGGACAAUGCGGUGACCCUCGUGGGAUUGGCAGGGUGGGAUGUCCUGUGGCAAAUGCGGGGGCUGGCUCUCUCCCGCCCACCAGCAAUACGGCUAAGCUCCCCGGCAGAGAGGGCUGAGAGGGAUAGACAAGCCCUCAAGCUCACCAUGGGGCCCAAGCGCGGGAUCGUGGUGUGUAAUGGGCGGGCGGGGCACGUCCAGUUUUACAAUGUGGGCACCAACUGCCUCGAGGCCAGCGCGGAGGUUGUAAGGGUCAACAGGGACACCUCGGCCAAGAGCUGGCAAUCGGACCACCUGUCCAAGAUGCAACGCGGCAAGAGUGAUGGUGGUCCCGGUGGUGCCGGUUCUGUUGGGCCUGUGGUGGAGCACGUGGCCUUCUCUUCCGACGGCAAGAGAAUGGUGGCGGUAGCCUCCCGGGCCCCAGCGUCUUCCCCCUCGCUAUCCUUCUGGAAGCACGCCAGGGGGUCAGAUCCUUUCGGGUCCAACAACGGCGGCUACACGGGCAGCUACGCGGGAGCGCGCAACUCCGGCGGCGGCAGAGGCGGCGGGCGGGGAGGGGGGAUGUCGGGGCACUGGGCCGCAGACACUAGCGUCGAGAACCCUCACGGGCCGGGCAACGCGGUGGCCGCCCUGGAGUAUCACCCCCGAGAGGACGUUGUCGUGACAGCCGGCAAGCAGGACGGCGGUUUCAACUUGUGGGGGCUAAGGAGGACAGACAAUGCCUUGGAAUCGCUAGCCGCCGCCGCUAAGGGCGGCAGCGGCGGCGUUCGGACUGAGGGAGACGGGGAACAGGCGGUGCACUGGGCUUGCUCGCUGUCGGUGCGGUACAAGGAGGGCUUGGCGGCAACCGGAGCGUCCUUCUGCUCCGACGGCUCUGUCCUUGCCGUCGCCUACUCUCCCAACGAGGAGGUCAACUGGGACGGAAGCAACGGCAUACGCAAGGGGCAGCGGCGGGGGCAGCACAGCACCGGCCAAGGCGUUAUCACGCUGUGGUCGCUAGAGACGGCGACUCUGCUGUCGACGCUGCUGCCCCCUAGAACGCGACACGUUCGUUUUGCUUCGCCCAAAACUGGCCCGCUCAAGUGUCUGGGAUUCAUAGCGGCGAGCGGGAGGAUUAUGGCGGCGGGGAGCGGGUACGCGGCCGUGUGGGACAUGGUCUCUCCGGAGCCGACACCUCUUUGGGAGUACCGGGCGCACGUCCGCGCGGCCGCUACAGCCGACCCUCGCUCGGUCGUCGGCUGCGGGAAGGCCGGCGUUUCCGUGGAGGGGGGAGGCGUGGGAGACGUGGCGUUGUGUGUCGACGCCGCUAGCCUUCGAGGGGAAGGGGACGGGCCCAAGCGCGGUUCGGUAGUGCUUCUACUCAACUCCGGCGACCCAACCCCGCUCCACACCUGGAGGCUGCCGGGCGACACGCCGACGAGCAUGCGGCUGCUGCUUGGCAGCGGCGGGGGGCGGGAAGGCGUGCUUUGCCUCACGCGGAGGGGCGAGUUGCUCAUGCUCUCGGUGGCGGGGGCGCCGUCGACCGCUGCUGGGGGGUGGGGGGCGUCGGUUCCGCGGCCGCGACAGCAACAGGUUGCCAGCGGGGUGGGUGUUGUCCGGAUGAAGCACGGCGCCUCUGCCCCUGCCCUGCACCUCUCCGCCGCAUCCAAGAGAACUCUGUUGGCGGUCGAUCUCGCCGCUUCCGACCCCGCAUUGGCAUCGGGCGGCGGGGGGAAACGCCUGAGGGCUUCUAAAGCUAGAGCAGGAGGUGACGAGGAGGAGGAGGAGAAGGAGGAGGAUGAGGAGGGAGCUGAUGAUGGCCACGCUGGAGGGCGGGAGGCCCUGCUCCGCUCCGGGCAGCGAGCUUCCGACAUCUUCGACCCCUCCACUAUCAACCUCGCCCCAGUCCCUGACAUGUACCAGGCCUUCAUGAGCACGCUGGUCAAACCCGCCCCGCUCCAGCAGCAGCAGCGCCGAAUGGGCCGUGCGCCUUUUGACAACACCUUUGCAGGAGGUGCUGGCAGCAAUCCGUCAAAGGGGAGGGGGAGGGGGCACCGCCGUGGAGACAAGGGCCUGGUGACUCCCUCCGCUGUGGUUGAAGAGGGGCUGCUAUCGAUGCUUGUGACGAAGCUCAAGGCGUAGUUUGGUGGGGGAGACGUGGAAGAAUGAUGACCCCCCCCUCCCCCCCCCUCCCCCCCCCACACGUUCAUGCUUCAUAUCAGUAUCGAAACGUUAGUAAUUCACGCGUUCAGAACCUCCCAUUUUGCUUUGCCCGUGGGUUCAAGUUGUUCGACGAGUUUCCUCCAAUUCUAAAUGAUUAACUUCUUUACUAGCAUUGGCGCGUGCAGCUGAAGUCGGGCGGGGUGGUAUGUGGCUGCUCUGCCGUACUUUCGGGUGUUCGCUUGUCUUGGAGUUCACAGCGGGAGGUGCUUCUGAUAAUGAAUCAUUAGAUGCUGCGACGAAGUACAACCAAGAGGAUGCCGAGGUCGAAAAGUCCGUUGUAUCACGUCGUGGGCGCGAGCAUGUUGGAUGUUUAGGUUUCGUGUCCUGUCCGUUUUUGGUUCUGAUUUUUCGCAUGCUGUUCUUUGCCGUCGAGAUUAAAGGCUUGCACGUCAGAUUGGGAAAGUGGGAAAACGAGGGCGAUGCCGGUGGUACACGUACUUUCUGCGUUUGGGCUGGUUGAAUGAUUCUUGGCGGCAUUUUUCACGGGGCGCAGGACGGCGAAGGAAUAGCAGAACGUCAACGCUGUUUUUUUUUGGCGAUGCAUGGCGAGUGAAGGAUCGAUUCGUCGCGUACAAUCUCGGCCGGGAGACAAGGGAUUAUCCAUCCAUCCUCCAUUCUUGCAAGUACGAUGUUCUCGAAG